ACGCCCACUGUGGAAGAGAGUAUUUUAGGAAAUGAAUGUGAUAAAUAAUUAUAUUUAUCGAAAAACAAAAGCCCUGAUUAAACUCUACUUGAUAAAACGUUUGUAAAGGUACUUUGUGAAACACCUCUGCCCAUAAUAUCGAAAUAUGUGGGUACUGUAGAUGUUUUGGUAAAACCAAUUUCUCCCUCUGACAAAGAACAGUUGGUACAGUCCAGAUGACGGCUCGCUACGAGUUAGCUUUUUAAUUCCUGUCAAACUCACCCACAGUCUGUCAGUCUGUCAGUCAGCUAAACUCUGCUUUAUAUUCACACGUGCCUUUGCAAUUUAAUUUCAUUCUAUAAUCACGAAAAUGUCUAAUCCAAAAAAGGGGGACUUGUCUGCAAGUGAGAAGGAGCUCUUCGAGGUGAUUUCUGCAGGAAAUGUUCAGGAAGCCUCGAGGCUACUGGGAUGUAAGGAUGUUCGAGUCAAUUGCCUGGAUGAGUAUGGGAUGACUCCACUUAUGCAUGCUGCCUACAAAGGAAAGGCAGACAUGUGUAAGCUGUUGCUGCAGCACGGUGCUGAUGUAAACUGCAAUGAGCAUGAGCACGGAUAUACAGCACUUAUGUUUGCCGGUUUGUCAGGAAAGACUGACAUCACCUUGAUGAUGUUGGAUGCAGGAGCAGAAACAGACGUGGUCAAUUCUGUGGGAAGAACGGCUGCACAAAUGGCUGCUUUUGUAGGUCAACACGACUGUGUCACAGUCAUAAACAACUUUUUUUCACGUGCCCGGCUCGACUACUACACCAGACUCCAGGGUUUGGAGAAGGAGCCGAAGCUGCCGCCCAAACUGGCCGGUCCUCUGCACAAGAUCAUCAUGAGCACCAACUUGAACCCAGUUAAGACGGUAUUGCUGGUGAAGGACAAUCCCCUGCUGGCUGAGGCAGAAGCGCUGGAAAAAUGUCGUCGUGUGAUAGAGCUCAUCUGCGAGAAAUGCAUCAAACAGCAGGAUAUGAAUGAGGUGCUGGCUGUAAAGAUGCACUACAUCAGCUGUGUGCUGGGAAAAUGUGUCUCCUUCCUCAGAGACGGAGACGACAAGCUGGAUGGACUCAUCAAGAGUUUACUGAAGGGUCGGGACAGUGAUGGUUUCCCUGUCUAUCAGGAGAAGUUCAUCAGGGAGUGUAUCCGUAAGUUCCCUUACUGUGAUGCUACUCUGCUGCAGCAGCUGGUGAGGAGCAUCGCGCCUGUGGAGAUUGGCAACGACCCCACAGCUCUGUCGGUGCUAACCCAAGCCAUCACGGGCCAGGUGGGAUUCAUGGAUGCAGAGUUCUGCACGUCCUGUGGCGAGAAAGGAGCCGAAAAGAGAUGUUCCGUUUGUAAAACGGUGAUCUACUGUGGUCCGGCCUGUCAGAAGAUGCACUGGUUUACCCACAAGAAAGUUUGUAAGAAGCUGCAGGAGCAGAGAGAGAAGCAGGAAGAAGAGGCAGCCAAGUUGAGGAUGAAGCAGGAACAGAAAGAGGAGACUCAGGAGGUCACAGACUCUGUUCAGAAGCUCUCUGUGGACAACGAACACCCUUCUACAGAAUCUUCUACAGAAAUUCCCCAGGAUAUCCAUGAUCCUGCCGACAACUGAGCAAUACCUGCAACCAGAAUAACCUUCUCCGGAAUCAACUCAUCCAUAGGCAGAAACCAGGAGACUCGGAGCAGGUCUGAUCCUGCGGGAAGAAGACGGAAGACGAGAGACGGUAGAUGACUUGGACUUUAUUUCUUAUCAUCCUGAGGCAGUGGGGUGGAGUCACUGGCACUUCCAGACAAUAUUUGUUCCAGCAGUGACCACAGCUCCUGUAAGUCAGGGGAGUGGGAGUGUGUGAAGCUUGUGCUAGAAAGUGUUGUAGUGUUUGACUCAAGCCACGACACUUGACUCAAACCCUACUAAGUCGACUCGGGAGACUCGUGUCCAGGUUGUUUUUUUGUUUUUUUUAACCGGUGACCUAGUCUCUGACUUGGACUUGAAGAUUGAUGACUUGACUCCAACUCCUAUUGUCAGAGUAUUUGAAAGUAAAUCUACCUUAAAUAAUGUUAGCCAAAGUGUAGCUACUCACAUGUAGUAGCUACACUA